GCAAAACAGAGUGAAAAAUAUGGUGACGAAUCAAGACAAAAUAUGGGUCGUCCUGGCGGCAUUAUCACUGGCGAUAUCCGCUACGGAUUUAUCAUCCGCAGCGAAAUUCCCGGUCGUCGAUUUGGUCAAUCAAUACGACCAAAAUAAUGUGAGUUUGUUAUGUAAGGCUUUUGAACAAACCAUACUGCCAGGCCAGAGAUUUUCAUUUGAAGCCCAGGAGAAAAAUGACCCUAAUGCCUAUGGUUGCACCUGCUAUAACAGUAACCCAGACAUUCUGGAGAUCAGUGCAUAUGAUCUUAAAAGAGACAAAGAGUAUCAACUCAUCCAUUGGAAGUUUAAUAGCGUUGGAGCAUAUCGUAGUUAUGAUAAUAUUCACUGGAAAUUGGAUGCAAAGUGGG